AUGCCACCGAGACAGGACCCAACCAAUGCUCAGCUUGCCCAAGCAAUGAUACAACUAGCUCAGGUGAUGGCCCAGCAGGUUGCCACUGCUACUGCCCAAACCACAGCACAGCUACAGCGGGAAGCGGAAGAGAAUACUAGGAGGGUUGAAGAGGAUGCCAGGAGGGCGCAAAGAGCUGAGAGGGAGCUGGCACAGGACCAGAUCCGUAUAAGGACUGACUUCAACCACCAUGGACCACCCAAGAUCCAAGGCGAGGUUGAACCCAAGAAAGCUGAUCUUUGGAUACAGGAAAUGGAGAAGAUCUUUGAGGCUCUUCACACUCCUGAUGCUGAGAAGGUGAACUUGGCUACCUUUAUGCUGAAGGGUGACGCCGAGUACUGGUGGAGGAGCGCCAAACAGUUCAUGACUGCUAACCAUGUGGCCAUCACUUGGGAGUCUUUCAAAAGGGCUUUCAUGGAGAAGUACUUUCCGGAGACUGCCAGGGAAGACAUGGAAAAUCAAUUCCUUAACUUGAGACAGGGGUUGAUGACAGUGGGGGAAUAUGCUGCUAGAUUGGAGACCUUGUCAAAGCACUUUCGCUUCUUCCAAGUGCAAGUGGAUGAAUCGUACUUGUGCAAUCGGUUCAUGAGGGGGUUGAGGAAUGAUAUAGAGGAGUCCGUGAGACCGUUGGGAAUCAGAGUAUUCCAACAAUUGGUGGAGAAAGCUCGUGAAGUGGAAACAAUGAAGAAUCGCCAGAGGGGCAAGUCUGAAAUUGGAGGGCCGAUCCGUUCUGGACAGAGACAGACCGGAAGGUUUGAGGGACAGAGGCAAGCUGGGAGGUUUGACAGGGGCAAGGCACCGAUGAGGAAGCCUUAUAAACACCCUGCUGACAAGGUACCUUUCGCUGGAAGAGGUGGAGCAGAUGUUCCUAAAGAGGAGGUUGUCUGUAUCAAAUGCAACCAGAAAGGGCACUAUGCAAAUGAGUGCGGAAAGGAAAUUGUGUACUGGAAGUGCCAGAAACCAGGGCAUGUUAAGAGAAACUGUCCUAACGCUGCUAAGACCGAGCCAGUACUGAAUACUGCUUGGGGAAGGCGACCUUCUGCUCCAGGUCGUGUGUUCGCAAUGUCUGGGGAACAAGCUGCAGUGACCGAUGAUCUCAUCCAGGGUACGUGUGUAAUCGCUGGAACUUCUUUAAUGGUGUUAUUUGAUUCUGGUGCUACACACUCAUUCAUUGCUGAGGAGUGUGUCAAGAAGUUAGGAUUGUUAACUACUGACUUACCAUUCGAUUUGGUGGUGACGACCCCUGCCGCCGAUCGAUUAGUUACACGCACGACAUGCUUGCAAUGUCUGUUGAUCUGCGAGGAUCGGAAAUUCCUUGAGAACCUCGUUUCCUUAGGGCUUAAAGAGCUCGAUGUGAUUCUGAGAAUGGAUUGGUUGGCGCAGUAUCACGUUCUCUUGGACUGUGCUAACAAGGUCGUAGUACUUCCAGAUUCAGGCGUUACGGAUUACUUAAAUUCGUACACCUUGAGGAAGGGUUCACCAGCAUUCGUGAACUCUAUCGUAGCUGAGGCGAAGAAUGACGGCGACGUGCGCAACAUUUUGGUAGUGCAAGAAUUUGUGGAUGUGUUUCCAGAGGAUGUGCCUGGAUUACCGCCAGUGAGGGAGACAGAGUUCUCUAUUGAUAUCAUGCCUGGUAUGGGACCAAUAUCAAUGGCGCCUUAUCGGAUGGCACCGGCAGAGUUGGCGGAAUUAGCAAAGCAGUUGGAGGAUCUAUCUUCCAAGGGAUUUAUCUAA